AUGGACUUCUCUGUUCUCCACCUACUUGGCCUAUACCUUGUCAUUGAACCAUUUUUUGUAGCUGCUGCCCAAACUGCAAAUAUCAGCUUGGGCUCGUCUCUCACUGCAUCAGACAACUCUCUUGUUUGGUAUGCAAAUGGAGACAAUCCAGCACCAAAAGGAUCCAAAGUGGAGCUCACAAAGGACGGUCAUUUCAGACUCACUGGCCCUCGGGGAGAAGAAAUCUGGCCCCAGCCUGUUAUUAGUGGAGUUGCUUAUGCUGCCAUGCUUGACACAGGUAACUUUGUUCUUGCAAACCAGAAUUCAGUACCUUUAUGGCAAAGCUUCAAAAACCCUAUAGACACCAUUUUACCAACCCAAGUGUUGGAAAUUGGCGAAAAGCUAUCUUCUAGGCAGACUGCUAGCAACUACUCAAAGGGGAAGUUUCAACUCCAAUUUAAACCAGCAGGUACGCUUGAGCUGUAUCUCAUAGCGUUGCCUACAGAGCAAGCAUAUUCAGCAUACUACAAAAGCAAUACAUCUGAUGCAGCUGAUAAAAUGAACUCCGGCUAUCAGCUAGUCUUCAAUGAGUCAGGUCAUAUCAAUGUUGUUCAGCGGAAUGGAAAUAUAGUAACCCUCACAAACAAAACCGCAUCCCCACCAAGAGAUUACUAUUACAGAGCAACACUAGAUUAUGAUGGGCUUUUUACCCUAUAUGCUUAUCCAAAAAAUGGGAGCGGGACAUCCUGGUCCUCUUUGUGGUCUAUUCCAGAAAACAUUUGCUUCGAUUCAACUGGAAACGAGGGCGGCGGGCCAUGUGGAUAUAACAGUUACUGCAGACUUGAUGCAAACACAAGGCCAAUUUGUGAAUGCCUUCCUGGCUUUUCUGCUUUAGAUCCUGAAUAUAAGUUGCGCGGCUGCAAACAAAACAGGAUGCACAGUUGUGAACUAGGUGAUUCAAAGCCACAAGAUGUAUAUGUGAUGCAUGAGCUACCAAAUACUUUCUGGCCCAGUUCUGCAAACUAUGAAGAGUUGCAGCCACUCAAUGAAGAUGAUUGUAGCAGAUUUUGCCUCGAUGAUUGUAACUGUGUGGUAGCUGUUAUCAAACUGUGUGGUAACAUGUAUGAAAACUGGGUCGGGUUUAAAAGUCCAUGUACUUAUGUUGGGUUUUAUAAACGUUGGCCACCUUAA